UGCCCUCAUGGCCUAUAAAUACCCCUCCCUCUUCAACCUUCAUGCAUUCCCAUCUUCCAAUCUCAACAAACAAAAAUCAUUACAUCACACCAAAACAGCAAACUAAACCGUCCAAAUCAACCAUGAUCCAAUCAGAAUUCCAAGAAAUGAACUACUUCACCUCAGCAGUAGAAACCCUCCCUUCCUUCCCAGCCUGCAGCUUUGGCCUCAACCAAAGCAGCAACCUUUUCUUGACAAACCUGCAGCCGAGCAUCCACGCCCGGAUGCACGAGCUGAGCCCGAACUCAACGAGCAAUUCGAACUCAGAUGAGGGCGAUGAUCAGCAGCAGCAUCAGGUGAUCGAUGAGAGGAAGCAGAGGAGGAUGAUAUCCAACCGGGAGUCUGCGAGGAGGUCGAGGAUGCGGAAGCAGAGGCACCUCGAUGAGCUGUGGUCUCAGGUCCUCCACCUCCGGACCGAGAACCACAGCCUCAUCGAGAAGCUGAACCACGUGUCCGAGAGCCACGAGAGAGCCGUGCAGGAGAAUGCUAAGCUCAAGGAAGAAGCCUCUGAUCUGAGGCAACUCCUCACAGAUAUCCAAAUCACCAACUCCUACUCCAUUUUCAGAGACCUUGAUGACAUUCCUUGCAACACGGCUUAUCUCAGGGCCGAAUCUUCUGAUCAGUCUGUUACUACUACUUCCACCAACCUGCUUCACUAGUUAACUAACUCAAGAGAGAGAGAGAGAGAGCUGCUUAUGUCCCUUUACUUUAAUCUGCAUGUUGUUUAAGAACUUGCUGCUAAUGUAUGGAAAUGUUUUGGUUCACAUCA